CGGUCCGCGCGCUCACCGGCCUGGAAGCCCGCUCCACUGGGGGCCCGCCCCCUUCAUUGACCACGUGACCCAAGUUCGGUAACCUCUGACCUCCUCCUCCCUACCCCACCACCUCUAGACCAGGGAUUCGGCGAGAGUGGGUGGGAGGAUGCGCAUUUCGGACACCGGUGGAGCAAGUGUUUAUUGAGGGCGUGUUAUGUGCUGACACCGUGCCUGACGCUGGGGAUGCAAAGCUCCAUCGGGGCCAUGUCGGAGCGAGAAGAGCGGCGGUUUGUGGAGAUCCCUCGGGAGUCCGUCCGGCUCAUGGCGGAGAGCACAGGCCUGGAGUUGAGCGAUGAGGUGGCGGCCCUGCUGGCAGAGGACGUGUGCUACCGUCUCAGGGAGGCCACCCAGAAUAGCUCUCAGUUCAUGAAACACACCAAGCGGCGGAAGCUGACCGUCGAGGAUUUCAACAGGGCCCUCAGGUGGAGCAGUGUGGAGGCUGUGUGUGGCUACGGAUCCCAGGAGGCCCUGCCCCUGCGCCCCGCCAGAGAGGGCGAGCUCUACUUCCCUGAGGACCGAGAGGUGAACCUGGUGGAUCUGGCCUUGGCCACCAACAUCCCCAAAGGCUGUGCCGAGACGGCUGUGAGAGUCCAUGUCUCCUACCUGGAUGGCAAAGGGAACCUGGCCCCUCAAGGAUCAGUGCCCAGUGCUGUGUCCUCGCUGACCGAUGACCUUCUCAAGUACUAUCAGCAAGUGACUCGGGCUGUGCUGGGGGAUGAUCCACAGCUGAUGAAGAUUGCUCUACAGGACCUUCAGACUAACUCCAAGAUUGCAGCCCUCCUGCCUUACUUUGUUUAUGUGGUCAGCGGGGUGAAGUCUGUGAGCCACGACCUGGAGCAGCUGCACCGGCUCUUGCAAGUGGCACGGAGCCUGGUUCGGAACCCACACCUCUGCCUGGGGCCCUAUGUUCGCUCCCUGGUGGGCAGUGUCCUCUACUGUGUCCUGGAGCCCCUGGCCGCCUCCAUCAACCCCCUGAAUGACCACUGGACUCUGCGUGAUGGUGCUGCUCUCCUGCUCAGCCACAUCUUCUGGACUCAUGGGGACCUUGUAAGUGGGCUCUAUCAGCAGAUCCUACUCUCCCUGCAGAAAGUCUUGGCGGACCCUGUGAGGCCUCUCUGCUCUCACUACGGGGCUGUGGUGGGGCUGCAUGCUCUCGGCUGGAAGGCUGUAGAGCGAGUCCUGUACCCUCACCUUUCCACUUACUGGACAAAUCUGCAGGCUGUGCUAGAUGAUUAUUCGGUAUCUAAUGCCCAGGUUAAAGCAGAUGGGCACAAAGUCUAUGGAGCCAUUCUGGUGGCAGUGGAGCGACUGCUGAAGAUGAAGGCCCAGGCAGCAGAACCCAACAAGGGUGGGCCAGGCACCAGGGGGUGCCGGCGCUCGGACGACCUGCCCUGGGACAGUCUUCUCCUGCAGGAGUCUCCUUCCGGGGGCAGCGCAGAGCCAGGCUUUGGGUCUGGUCUCCCACUGCCGCCUGGAGGCGCGGGGCCGGAGGAUCCUUCCCCUUCGGUGACCCUGGCGGACAUCUACCGGGAGCUCUAUGCCUUCUUCGGUGACAGCUUGGCCACCCGCUUUGGCACGGGUCAGGCCGCGCCCACGGCCCCGCGGCCACCCGGAGACAAGAAGGAGCCGGCGGCAGCCCCGGACUCGGUGCGUAAGAUGCCGCAGCUGACGGCCAAUGCCAUGGUUAGCCCGCAGGGCGACGAGAGCCCCCGGGGUAGCGGCCCCGCAUCAGCCUCUGCCCCUGCCGCCGCUGAGAGCAGGCCGCUGCCGCGCGUGCACCGGGCGCGGGGAGCGCCCCGACAGCAGGGCCCGGGGACCGCCCGGGACGUCUUCCAGAAGAGCCGUUUCGCCCCGCGUGGCGCUCCUCACUUCCGUUUCAUCAUCGCUGGGCGGCAGGCCGGGAGGCGAUGCCGCGGGCGCCUCUUCCAGACCGCCUUCCCCGCGCCCUAUGGGCCCAGCCCGGCCUCCCGCUACGUGCAGAAGCUGCCCAUGAUCGGCCGCACCAGCCGCCCUGCCCGCCGGUGGGCGCUCUCGGACUACUCCUUGUACCUGCCGCUUUGAGGCGGCGCUCGACCUCCCCUCUGUGAAUAAAUCCCGCGCCCGGAAGUGACGUCUCCGCGCUCGUGGGUCGCGCCGGAUGAGACGGGGUUUGGGCAGUUGGCUCUUUAGGCGGCGCUUCCUGGGGGCGAGGGCGCCAUGGCGCUGCUCUGGUUGCAGCGCUUCGAGCUUCUGCUCUUUGCUGCUACUUUCCUGUGCGGAGCCGUGGCGGCCGUGGCGCUGACCCGGACCCAGGUUGGAAAACACUGGAGAUAGUUGAAGGUUACACAAGUCUGGUUCUACUCCAGGAUUUCCGUACGAGGAGAGACUGGAACUUCUGAAGCAUUUCUGAAACUCAACUGUAUUUUAUAGCCACUGCAUAUUUCCUGAUCCUUCUGGCUACUGCAGGUUUGAUUUCCCUAGCCGACUCUUUAAUCUCCUGGCCCAGAAACUGAUAGGGCAUAAAUAACUUCCUAGGAAGGCCCUGGGCUAGGAUAUUUCCAACACCUGCCAGAAGCCUGCAUUCAGAGGCAUUAGCCUAAAAGCUAGGACUCAGCAGCUUCUUUCCACAGGGCUCCUUCAGGGGCAGCUGUCCCCUGUAUGGUGUGGCCACCCUGAAUGACUCCUCCUUGGCCCUGUCCCGACCCUCGGCCCCAUCCCUCUGCUACUUUGUGGCUGGGGCUUCUGGCCUACUGGCCCUCUACUGUCUCCUGCUUCUGCUCUUCUGGGUCUACUGCAGCUGCAUCGAGAACUCCCAAAGAGGCCGUACGGGGCUCUGCAUUGUAUUGGCCAUCUCAGCUGUAGCCAUCUUCCUGGUUUUAGUGUCUGCCUGUAUCCUCCGAUUUGGCACCAGUUCCCUCUGCAAAUCCAUCGUCUCCCUGAACAUAACUAGCUGCUCUGAUGCUCAGAGAACUCCAUGGAUACCCCCUGGAACCGCUCUGCAGUUUUACUCCAACCUACACAAUGCUGAAACCUCCUCUUGGGUGAAUCUGGUAUUGUGGUGUAUGAUCUUGGUGCUCCAAGUCGUGCAGCGGAAGUCUGAAGCCACCCCAAACUGGCCUCUGGAGAGAGGUGACCCUGAGUGGAGGUCUGAGACAGACGUUCUUGUUGGGCCCCGCCUUUCCCAUUCCUGAAGACUACCCAAAGUAUUUCCUGCAGCCAAAGACUCCAUGCCCAAGUGCCUGCAAAAAUCCUCUUGCCCCCACAUGGCCCUGUUUAUGCCAGGAGCCUUAGUUUUCCCUCUAGGAGGGAAGCAGGAUGAGAGGCACUCUCUUCCUCUAGCUGUUUUUGUACCAAAAUAUUAUAUUAUUUUCUUCCUUC